AUGCCGGCCUGCUAUUACCAAGUGGCCGUGAAUCAUCUCAACUUGAUUGAGGAAAAUUCUCCAAUGUUCCAGAACAAUGUCCAGGAGCUGUUACAUUCAAUGGAUCUGGCAUUAGAAAGACUGGCUGAUAUGCAAGGAACAAUUGUGCAAGUUGAACAAGAGCUUAACAGUCUAUUGUUGACAAAGUUAGGUAAUGUAAAGUACCACGUAAUCAGGGGUGAAUCGCUAAGGAUGUUUCAAAACAUGCACAAUAUGCUGGCCUGCUAUUUCCAAGAAGCCCUGGAUCUUUUCAACUUGAUUGAGAGUAAUCCUCUAAUGUUAGAGAACAAUGUCAAGGAGCUAAUAAAUUCAAUGGACCUGGUAUUGGAAAGACUAGAUGAUAUACAAAUUCAGCAGGAAAAUGAAAGUGCAGACAGUGAUUCGGAUUUUGAACCUAUGUCUCGCAAUGACGUGGAUGCUCAUUUUGAUCGAUUGAAGAGAGGAGGUCAGCGGAACAGGGGAUCACGUGGACGGGGGAUCUCAAGUUGUACACAUCCUUCCGACAUAAGGGAUAGGAUUCGUGAGGCGCGAGAACGUGAUGAGGAGGAAAGUGACUCCGAUGGUGGGGUGGCUGCUACCAGUGGCGGACUCCCUCCUCCAUUGGAGAAAAGUGACGCUAAGAGAGAGGUAAAGGAUAAGAAGGAGAGGAAAGAGAAGAAGAGUGUAACAAAGGACGCAGUUACGGAAGUUGGGAAGGAAAUGGAUAAACUUGCAAUUCAGCAGGAAAAUGAAAGUGCAGACAGUGAUUCGGAUUUUGAACCUAUGUCUCGCAAUGACGUGGAUGCUCAUUUUGAUCGAUUGAAGAGAGGAGGUCAGCGGAACAGGGGAUCACGUGGACGGGGGAUCUCAAGUUGUACACAUCCUUCCGACAUAAGGGAUAGGAUUCGUGAGGCGCGAGAACGUGAUGAGGAGGAAAGUGACUCCGAUGGUGGGGUGGCUGCUACCAGUGGCGGACUCCCUCCUCCAUUGGAGAAAAGUGACGCUAAGAGAGAGGUAAAGGAUAAGAAGGAGAGGAAAGAGAAGAAGAGUGUAACAAAGGACGCAGUUACGGAAGUUGGGAAGGAAAUGGAUAAACUUGCGAUUCAGCAGGAAAAUGAAAGUGCAGACAGUGAUUCGGAUUUUGAACCUAUGUCUCGCAAUGACGUGGAUGCUCAUUUUGAUCGAUUGAAGAGAGGAGGUCAGCGGAACAGGGGAUCACGUGGACGGGGGAUCUCAAGUUGUACACAUCCUUCCGACAUAAGGGAUAGGAUUCGUGAGGCGCGAGAACGUGAUGAGGAGGAAAGUGACUCCGAUGGUGGGGUGGCUGCUACCAGUGGCGGACUCCCUCCUCCAUUGGAGAAAAGUGACGCUAAGAGAGAGGUAAAGGAUAAGAAGGAGAGGAAAGAGAAGAAGAGUGUAACAAAGGACGCAGUUACGGAAGUUGGGAAGGAAAUGGAUAAACUUGCGAUUCAGCAGGAAAAUGAAAGUGCAGACAGUGAUUCGGAUUUUGAACCUAUGUCUCGCAAUGACGUGGAUGCUCAUUUUGAUCGAUUGAAGAGAGGAGGUCAGCGGAACAGGGGAUCACGUGGACGGGGGAUCUCAAGUUGUACACAUCCUUCCGACAUAAGGGAUAGGAUUCGUGAGGCGCGAGAACGUGAUGAGGAAGAAAGUGACUCCGAUGGUGGGGUGGCUGCUACCAGUGGCGGACUCCCUCCUCCAUUGGAGAAAAGUGACGCUAAGAGAGAGGUAAAGGAUAAGAAGGAGAGGAAAGAGAAGAAGAGUGUAACAAAGGACGCAGUUACGGAAGUUGGGAAGGAAAUGGAUAAACUUGCGAUUCAGCAGGAAAAUGAAAGUGCAGACAGUGAUUCGGAUUUUGAACCUAUGUCUCGCAAUGACGUGGAUGCUCAUUUUGAUCGAUUGAAGAGAGGAGGUCAGCGGAACAGGGGAUCACGUGGACGGGGGAUCUCAAGUUGUACACAUCCUUCCGACAUAAGGGAUAGGAUUCGUGAGGCGCGAGAACGUGAUGAGGAGGAAAGUGACUCCGAUGGUGGGGUGGCUGCUACCAGUGGCGGACUCCCUCCUCCAUUGGAGAAAAGUGACGCUAAGAGAGAGGUAAAGGAUAAGAAGGAGAGGAAAGAGAAGAAGAGUGUAACAAAGGACGCAGUUACGGAAGUUGGGAAGGAAAUGGAUAAACUUGCGAUUCAGCAGGAAAAUGAAAGUGCAGACAGUGAUUCGGAUUUUGAACCUAUGUCUCGCAAUGACGUGGAUGCUCAUUUUGAUCGAUUGAAGAGAGGAGGUCAGCGGAACAGGGGAUCACGUGGACGGGGGAUCUCAAGUUGUACACAUCCUUCCGACAUAAGGGAUAGGAUUCGUGAGGCGCGAGAACGUGAUGAGGAAGAAAGUGACUCCGAUGGUGGGGUGGCUGCUACCAGUGGCGGACUCCCUCCUCCAUUGGAGAAAAGUGACGCUAAGAGAGAGGUAAAGGAUAAGAAGGAGAGGAAAGAGAAGAAGAGUGUAACAAAGGACGCAGUUACGGAAGUUGGGAAGGAAAUGGAUAAACUUGCGAUUCAGCAGGAAAAUGAAAGUGCAGACAGUGAUUCGGAUUUUGAACCUAUGUCUUGCAAUGACGUGGAUGCUCAUUUUGAUCGAUUGAAGAGAGGAGGUCAGCGGAACAGGGGAUCACGUGGACGGGGGAUCUCAAGUUGUACACAUCCUUCCGACAUAAGGGAUAGGAUUCGUGAGGCGCGAGAACGUGAUGAGGAGGAAAGUGACUCCGAUGGUGGGGUGGCUGCUACCAGUGGCGGACUCCCUCCUCCAUUGGAGAAAAGUGACGCUAAGAGAGAGGUAAAGGAUAAGAAGGAGAGGAAAGAGAAGAAGAGUGUAACAAAGGACGCAGUUACGGAAGUUGGGAAGGAAAUGGAUAAACUUGCGGUGAGUGAGUAG